AUGAUAGGUGCUGCACAGGUAACCAAGCUUAUCUCAGAUCUUCAGUACACGGCGUACGAAGCUGGGCACGAACAUCCAUUAUUAAUUGCAAUUGACCAAGAAAAUGGAGGUUGUAAUACCAUUGCAGCAGACGAUGACAUUCGACAGUUCCCCUCUGCCAUGGGUGUGGUGGCCGGCAACGACCGUGAUAGAGCCAAACUUAUUGCCACGGCCACGGCAAAGGAAAUGAAAUGCUUAGGGGUCAACUGGAUAUUAGGCCCUGUGUUGGAUGUAGUGUCGAACCCUAGUGCGCACCCAUUAGGAGUGCGCAUGAUGGAUGAAGAUCCCAGUGCUGUUUCACGUUUUGGCGCCGAUUUCAUCGCAGGGUAUCAUGAUGGAGGUGUAGCCACCUGUGGGAAACACUUCCCCAGCUACGGCAACGUACAGGUAGAUGAUACUGGCGCAGAUAUCCCAUGUGUGCCGGAUACCAUGGAAGAAUUAACUCGAAAAGCAUUUAUGCCGUUCCAGAGUGCCAUUCAGGAAGGUGUCGACUCCAUCAUGGUUGGUGCCUGUGCCAUGCCCAACAUCAGAGAAGGUUUGGAUGUGAAACAUGCCUGUCUUUCGGAGACGGUCGUAAGCAAUAUCCUCCGGCAGCGACUGCGCUUUCCUGGAGUCAUUGUCAGUGAGUGUCUCGAGGUUGAGUCACUCCAUGAAAGUCUAGGGUUCGGGCAAGCCGCCAUUAUGGCUCUGUCGGCUGGCUGUGACAUGCUGAUGGUAUGUCACUCGUUCAUGAACCAGCUUGAAGCUAUAGAAGGUGUUCAAACUGCGCUUGAGAAUGGUAUCCUCUCCGAGAUGCAAGUUCGAGACUCUGCACAAAGAAUUUCGAAGAUGAGACGGCGCUGUACAUCCUGGUCUACCGCGCUCAAGCCUAGUGGAACGUCGGGCUUAUCCACCCUGGCUUUAUCACACUCCAAACUAGCUCGGUCUGCGUAUGAAUCGUCCAUUACUGUGGUUCGAGAUACCAAAUCAGUAUUACCAAUCCGAUCCACUACCAGUCAACCCCUUGAGCUAUUGCUUCUUACUCCAUUACUCGAGCCUCUAUCAUCUCUCAGCAAUAUGGGAGAACAUAUAAAGGAAACGGAAUCUAGCACUGGCCAAAAACAAUAUAUGGAAGGCGAACUAACUUUUCGGGAGCUUGGACUUCUACUUGCAAAACACUGGGAGGGCAAAAUCGUGCAUACCUCAUAUGCCGCCAGUGGCAUCCGCCCCUACCACGAGGACUUGGUUUCCCGAGCCCAGGUCGUAAUUGCAGUGACGGCGGAUGUGAGUCGCAACUCAUAUCAAUACGGCUUCACAAAACAUGUUGGGAUGUUGUGUGACAUUUCGAGCAACCCGAAGCAAUUCAUCGUGGUAGCCACCAGCUCCCCAUAUGACUUUCUGAAUGUGCUCCAGAUCCCAACCUAUAUUUGCACAUAUGACUACACUCAUCUCGCCCUCUGUUCCUUGGUGAGAGUAUUACUUGGCUAUAUCCGCCCUGUGGGAGUUCCUCCAGGGCACUCACCUGUGAUUGAUCUCAGCAAUGACACCCCAGAACGCAAAGAUUCGUUAGGCUGGUUAGUACAACAGUGGGACCCCAGACGGGACAUGGACGGAAUCAUCAGAUUUCUAUGCAGAGUCAAUGAUAUCUGGCGCCCAUGGGCAAACAUGACACAUGAAAAUGUGCACUAUCUGCUACAAGAGACAUUGAAUAGUCCUGAUUCGAUGAUCCUUUUGGUCAAAAAUACGAGCACCCAUGUAAUUUAUGGUGUUUGCAUCACAUCUUAUGUGGAAGCCAUUGCACGAGCGGCCAUUGCAUUUCUGGCGGUAGAUCCAGAAAAAAGAAACCAAGGGAUCGGACGUUCCCUGUAUCAACGGGCAGUCACACGCUUGGUCCAACAAUAUAAUCCUCGGGAUAUUCAGCUGGGUUCUGAUAUGCCGGCCAUGGUGCCUGGCACCUCUACUUACGCCAGAAAGGUCGCAGGGCCAUCUAUCCUGAUGAACUGGAUGUUGAACCAAGGGUGGGAAGAAGCAAUCAAAAGGCAAACUUAUAUUCUAAAGAUCUCAGAAUUGAUGGCUCUUGCCCCAUUAAUGAAUUCAAACUCCAACCGGUGGACAUUCGAGAUCUUGACUAACGAGAGAGAGUUCGAUAUCACCAGUUACAGCACGAGGUGCCUGGAACCGUAUAUCCAGAACAACAGCACUCUCUUGUCCCCUGAGGUAGUGCAAAAGAUGUACCACAAUGCGUUUCAGGCAUCCAACGGUGUCGAUGUAUUGAUCGUCCGAAACUCGGCCAGUAAAGCUGUGGUGGCCUCGGCGUUAUUAUGCAGCCGCCAGUCUCUACCAGCCAAAUACUUUCCCACUUUGGGUCCAAAUGAUGCAGAGUUAGCGGGCAUUCUAAUAGACCCAACCACAGAAGUUUCACACGUCCUCUCUUACCUUCUUGCCAUGGCCAUUGUGCGGUGUAGAUAUCGUGGAAUUAUCAACGUUGAGAGUCGUUUAGCUGGAAGUUACCUGGACUUGAAUGUCUUUCUAAAGGCGGGCUUUCAAAUCCUUGGUGAGUUCUCAACGUUGUAUUGUGGUACUUCUCGGCUGGCACAGGGUGGUCACGUCAGUACAUUGAACGGGAAUUAG